CUUCGCUCCUCAAAACUUCAGCGAUAUUCAGGAAGCAUUUUUCCGAGAUCGCAAAAAUGGAGAAAGUCGCGUCUACAGUAACGGAUCUGGCAUGCGUGACGGCGCUAAACUCGCCGCCGCCUCCGUUAUCACCGCAAUCUGACAAUAGCAACAACAACAACAACAACAACAACAACAAACAACACCAGGAAGAAUUCGCCGCAAGCUUCGCGUCGCUUUACAACUCGAUUUUCUCGCCGGAAUCUCAGUUCCCGAGCUCUUUAUCCCUCUCUCCGUCACCUCCGUCCUCCUCAUCUCCUCCACCUCGCGUCGACACCACCACGGAGCACCGUCUCCGCCAAGCGCGGCUCAUCCUCGAGUACGACGAGCUCAACGAGCAUUACGAUCUUUGCCUCUCCCGUCUUCAGUCCCUCAUGACGGAACUCGAGUCGCUCCGCCGCGAAAACGACGGUCUCCGCCAGGAAAACGUCGAUCUCCUCAAGCUUAUUCACAUCUCUACUUCAUCUUCCUCCUCCGUCUCUCCGCCGGUCGGAAAUAACCAUAACCGUAACCUAAACCGUCGUCAGAUCUCCGAUUUCGGUAGCCAGGCUGGGGAUAAUAAGCAUCAUCGUCCCGUGAGGAAGACCAAUCCGGAGAGAAACUCGUUGCCUAAGAGCAUCUCCGUCCGCUCGCCGGGAUAUCUCAAGAUGAUUAACCAGGGAAGCCAUGGAGGAUGUGGCGGUUCGGAUCGUCAAGCGAGUCAGUUCAGCUUCACGAGUCAACUCGGCUCCGAAUCGGUAUCGCAGAAAGUGUGUGUACCAACAAAAGGAGAGAGAGAUGCAUUGGAGCUUGAGGUUUAUCGUCAAGGGAUGAUGAAGACGGAGCUAUGCAACAAAUGGCAAGAGACCGGAGCUUGUCCUUACGGCGAUAACUGUCAAUUCGCUCACGGGAUCGACGAGCUCCGUCCGGUGAUAAGGCAUCCACGCUACAAAACCGAGGUCUGCAGGAUGAUCGUCACCGGAGCCACGUGUCCUUACGGCCACCGUUGCCAUUUCCGUCACUCACUCACCGAUCAAGAGAGGAUGCUUCUUCUCACUCGCUGAUCUGCGAAGAACAAAAGGUCCCAAAAGGGUAAUAAUAAUUAGCGGUUUGUACAGAUCUGAUACCUUAUAAAUAUCGUCAAUUUUUUUUCUUUUUUUUCUGGGUAAUUGAAUGAAGAAACGUAUUUGCAAUAGGAAUAAGGAUGGAAACGAUGUUAAAUAAUGGUUGAUACGAUUAUAGGAAUAUAAUUAGGGUUGGAUAUGAAAGGAGAAUGAAGAAAAAUGUUUGCUUCUCGUUUCUUUCUAUACUCUUGAGAUGUUAAUUCUUCGGAUAUGUUGUUUAUAUAUCUUUUGGAUAAAGCAGGAGAGAACCUGAAAAUGGAUUUUUAGAUUCAACAAAAUGUGAAAGCUUUUUACUUUAUUCAAAUCUUUGCAACUUUAUUUCAAUCACUUAUUAAAUUUCUUGGCUUUUUGGUAGUAUGAGUUGUAGUUUUGAGUUUAAUUGUGGUUUCUCUGCAGAAAACUAUUUCUUGACGAGUUUGUGAAUAGAAGUUGCCACUAGUUACUUCCUACUGUAUGACAAACAUAUUCUAACUCAUAGAAUGUGCAUGUGUUAUGAAUCGUCAAGACUAACAAGAUCGAGUUGUCAGCCUUGUUUGCCUUUCAUUUAGAGUAGCUUUUCUCUGUUAGUUGAAUUUGGUUACUAAAGUAGUAUUAACUGGUAACAUUACCAAGAUAUCGCCUGUUUUUGAAAUCAGUAUACUAUUUGGAUACGAGAAAGUAAAUGUCAUGCCUUAACAACCUUGUUCAAUGAGAGUAAAUUAAAUGACAGUUUGACCAUCUUUUAGUUUAGAAAACGUUUUUUCUAUGGUACGGAUUGCAUAUCACCACUGCCUCAGAUUAGGAGAGUCUUUGCUGAGAAUUUCCCUGUAGAUUCAAGUAAAAGGUAAAACCAAAAAGAAGAAUCUUGUGUGCAUUUUGUUGCUCUUGCUUUAGUGCAGGAUUCUAACAACUAUGUUUACCCUACAUGAGUAACUCUUUUUACCUAUAUGCAUCGGAAUUAUGGUCUCCUGAACUUACCGUGUUUCAUUUUGACUGUACCCACGAUGUUAUCAUCUUUAUGGUCUCCUGAACUUAAUUUCACAUUUGGAACUUGGAAGGUUUUGCUAGUGGAUGCUCCACUACGUAGAGUUAGAUUCGUUUUCCUAUUAUAGUAUUCACUUUUCGUUUGCAUGUUCUUCUACGAAAUGUGCGGCUUUCACGAGUUAUAGCUUUGUCUUGGACUUAAUAUCUGAUCUCAAAAGAAAAAUUCUUUCCUUCUUUAAGUAGUGAGUUUACUGGAAAUUUAAUGAUCAUUAACACCUGCUCUAAAUGAUAAUUAUUGCUUAAACGUAGUUCUAUCUCUAACAUAGAAUCUCCUGCCUCAGUGCAACCUCUAUGGUUCUCAUAACGUAAUGUGGAUGUGAUAAGAACUCCACAUUGGAUAUGAAAUGAACAAACUAAUGCGUUAUAAAACUUAGAAGCAACCUCACACAGAAGCUAGCGUUCGUAGUAAAUCUUAACGGUCUUUGCUGGCUUGGUUUGGCCUAACCCUGAUAAGUGAAGCUUUGUGUUAUUGUCCAGUUUACAUCGGACGUAAAUGCUUCCAUUUGAUCCUUGUUGUCUGUGUAAGUGUGUAUACUUGAGCCUUGGAUUAUUAUUACUUCUUAGAUCCCUAAACUGUUGGUGAGAUGAGUAUGUUCUAUACUUAUGGCUAGCUUUAGAGAAUUCACAAGCUUUUGAGAACACAUCAGGAGGACUUUUUUUUUACUGAAACACUUGUGAUUUUCUUAUUUUUGACAUGGUACCUCUGAGACUGCUCUGUAUCCUGUACUCUCUCAGUUAGCUUGCCUUUGAUCUUACCCGGUGAAAUCACAUUGAGAAUUCCGUAAUAGUGUCUGGAUGAUAAUUUUACGUGAUGAGUUCUUUUUAGGAUUUGCAAGAUAUGUUGUGGCUAAGCCCGUGCAUUACAAACAGUAUUGUUUUUGAAAGCAGUGUUCAACUGACAAGAUUAAUGAAGUUUGUCGAACAUCUUUGGGCUACGUACACUAUGAAUCUUCAAUAAUGGUAAAUCAUUUACUUUAUGCUAUCUUGGGCUGGUUGUAAUUUAUUAUAUCGGUUGUGAGCUGCAUCCUUACAUCUCGAAGAUGUGCUCUUUCUAAAGAUUGAGUCACACAAGAGUUGUACAAGAGAGCUUCAUGUGUAGAUGCAUGCUCUAUUACUCAGAAUUGAAUCAUAGUUUUCCUAUUAUAGUAUUAGAGAAUGCCGUAAACUUUAGAGUUAGAUUUCCUCUUCUAGUUAUCAAGCUCUUCUACAAACUAUUGCUUUGUUGUAGAUUUAAUAGUAUUGGCCUCUUUAGGAUUUACCUGUUUUCCAGUUUUAAGUAGUGAACUAUAUGGAAAGUUAAUGCUCAAUUGCUCAUUAGUGCUUCUUUCUUUUACUAAAUAAUAAUGCCAUUGUUUGCUCGUCCUUUUCCCAUUAAUAUGAAUUUCUGUUACCCAGCUUUUAUGUUUCUGAAAUCAGAAUCAUUUUUAUUGGUGAAAAUGUUUGUUUGCGAGUUCUGGGAUUUGUCAUUUGUUGUUGGUUUUUAAGAUGCAAAUACCACAAGUCUGCGACAACAUUAAAGAACUCAAGAGAAAGUAUUUUGCAUGAUGAGAUUUCUGGAUGGAGAAGAUAUGUUUUAAUCACUCCUGGCUUGUUUGUGAAAGCAUGUGAGUACUUCGUAGCUACACUCCAAGCCUGGAUGCAAACGGAGUCAUGCAUUUCAGGCACUGAGUGUUUAUCUCUGAAAUAUUCACAUGCUUUCGCGAACAUAGCAGGAGGCAUUUACCUUUAAAGACAUGAUUUUUCGUAUCCACAUGUUACCUCUGGGUCUGCAUUGUCGCCUAUCAGGUAAGUUUACUUUUGAUCUUACGUUAAGCAUGCAUUAAAUUUGUACGAUGAUAUUUUUAUGUGUUAAAUUGUUCUGGCAAGGGGUCAAGAGAAUGUUGUGUCUUAGGGCUAAGCGCAUCUGAAUGUUUUGCAAUUGCCAGACAUGAGAUUUCCGGUCGAUCUGUACAAGUUUGAACAUGUAUAUCAAUUUGCGUAUUAAGGCACUUAUUCAAGGAUUGGAAACCCAUAAUAAAUUUGAGUUUAGAGUUUAUUGUGCUUUGUUAUUAUAAAUAUGCCAAUUAUCUAUAAGCUUUCAAGAUCAGAGGAUUGAUUGACAUAUCGAGUGUGUGCACACAUAGGCUCUGCACCUAGUCAUGUGUUAAGGUUUAGCAUUUAUUCAAUUUUAUUCUCUAUGAUUGUUUUCACGUUUCAGAUCUCAGAAACAACUAAAAAAAGAUUGUUAGAAAUUGAUAAGAAACAAAGGAGGAUGUUAGUGAUAUACGUUGCUGAAAAUCGCGGAACCAGAUUGUCAACAUGGACUCUGAGAAGCGUCUCUCACGGGGAGAUAUGUUGAGGAAGGCCUGUGAUCUUCUUGAUUAGCUGGAUCUUCUUGACUCUCGGAGAUAGUCCCGAGUCCGCGCAGUCUUCAGCCUUGUGUUACACUCUCCCACGAGUUUUAUGGUGGCUGGCGAGAGCAGCGGAUGCCCAGAGAAGAACAUCUUGGAACAUUGCGAUGUUUAUAAACGAUGGUCUCAAGUAUAACUAGUGUAAGGAAACAGAAAAUACAUAUGGCUCUAUAUGUGUUUGAUUUGUAAAAGCCGCAUGGACUCUGAUCGGUAAUAUUGGAAUGCAUU